UUGAAAUUCUCACUGUUCUUCUUCGUGGUAGCCUUGGUGCUGGCCCUCGCCGCCGCCGCACCACAGCUCGAUGUUCUCGGCAAAGUUCCUAUUCUUGGAGAGGUGGCCAAACCUGUCGAAGAAGUAGCUAAAGGUAAGGACUUGAAACUUCUUUAAACCACUUUCUUUUCACGGUUCACCAUCGCGUGGUAAGCGUCAUGACGCUGCAAUAAAUGGUUACUACCCGUUCGCGCUAAGUUUGCCGGUCCGUGGAAUUGGUGAAGUGCGCGUCCCGUCCCCAACCGCGAUUAAACGCAAUUAGUUUGUGAUUAAACGCAAUUACUGUGUCUUAUUUUACGCAAAUACACAAUUUUUAUCAAUAAUCUAUCGGCUUUACCUAGUUAGACUGUAUAAAGACGCUCCGCGCAAUUUUGAUAAAUAGGAGUGAAAAUAAUAAUCUAAAUCAAAGUUACUAUACACCAUUUUAAUUGUAAGGACAUGGACCUCCAAUCAGUGAAUUCGAUUCGUAAACAAUAAGGUUGUAGUGAGUGUUAUUAGCAAAUAUAUUUUGCAAAAAGUGAGUUAUCGACUUGAAGUGACAAUAUGUGUUGGUGUAUGUGAAACAAUUUUGAUUGUGUAUACCCGACACAAAUACCACUUGCGUCCACAGUAGUGUCAAGUACAACUGUUUAGUUCGUCCGUGACUCACAAGAGACUUUGACGCAACGGCUAACACGGCCGGUCAAACCCAGCGCACCACGGUUCGAGUCUCACUUGAAACUUUAUUUUUGCCUUUUUUUUUGUUUAUUUUUUGUUGUUGUCUCCUUUCUUCUUUACUAAGACAAUGUCGCUUCAAAAUAGAAAAAUCUGUGGUGGUUGUUUCGAGCCAAUUGAAGAUAGUAGAAGGUGGCUAGCGUGCCACCUCUGCAAGGAAUUUUUCGACCUGAAGUGUGCCGGCGUUACUGAAAGGCGCUUCCACGGCACAUUGGUUGGUGAGCGUAGGGAUGCGUGGAGGUGCGUCACAUGCGUCAGUAAGCAGCCCAAGAGGGACAACACUGAGACGCCGGUCCGUGCUGCGGCAGACGGUGUUACGAUGCGGAGGGGGGCCGCCACCAUGAGCCCCUCUAGUCUCGACGCCUCUAUGCUAGAGCGGGACGGUCAGGAGAAUCCGAAUGCUACUGCUCUGAACAUCACUAUGGAGGUGACGGAUGUUCAGGCGCUCUUCUUGGAGAUCAGGCAACUUCGCGAGGAGAUGCGCGACGAGUUCAGAUCCGUGCGGGCCCAGAUCGACACACUGAUCGGCAGAGUCUCGUUGUGCGAGCGCAGGGUCGACGCUCACAACGAACGCCUGGGCGACAUCGAGCGGAGACUCGAGGCCGUGGAGUCCCGUCAGGCGACGAUCAGCUCGGCGCCCGGGUCGGAGACACUCACGCAGAUGGAGCGGACGAUAUCGGAGCUCAAGUUGGAACUCAACGAGCGGGACCAGGAGGCGCUCGUCGCCGACUUGGAGAUCGGCCACCUCCCGGAGGAGAAGGGGGAGAACGUCCUCCACAGCGUCGCCGUGCUCGCCGGGCGCCUGGGCGUGGCGCUGGACGAGCGGGACGUGGUGUUCGCGGAGCGCGUGGGCGCGCCGCCGGCCGAGGCGGGCGGGCGCGCGCGCCGCGUGGUGGUGCGGCUGGCGCGGCGCCACCUGCGCGACGAGCUGCUGCGCGCCGCGCGCGUGCGACGCGGUCUGGCUGGCGAGGGCGGCGCGCGUGUGUUCAUCAACGAGCGCCUGACGCGCUCCAACCGUCAGCUAUUCCACCGGGUGCGCGAGGAGUGCCGCAGGCUGCAGUGGAGGUACUCCUGGACCAGGCGUGGGCGCAUAUUCGCUCGCAAGAGCGACGGUGCGCAAGUGUUUCAACUCCGGUCGCUGGGAGAUCUUGAGCGGGUGUUUGGUUCACCGUCAAUAUGA